GUCACAUCCGGCACGUACUUCUCAUUCAGGCUACACUUUGAAUAAGGAAGAUGGCGGCUGCAGCAGUGGUCGAGUUUCAGAGAGCUCAGUCUCUCAUUAGCACGGACCGCGACGCCUCCAUCAACAUUCUGCACUCGAUAGUGAGGCGAGACGUCCAGGAGAACGAUGAAGAAGCGGUCAGGGUCAAAGAGCAGAGCAUCCUGGAGCUGGGAACGCUGCUGGCCAAGACGGGACAGGCGGCAGAACUCGGCGGCUUGCUGAAAUUUGUGCGGCCGUUCCUGAUCUCCAUCAGCAAGGCCAAAGCGGCACGGCUGGUGCGCUCGCUGCUGGAUUUGUUCCUGGACAUGGAGGCAGCCACAGGUCAAGAGGUGGACCUGUGUCUGGAAUGUAUUGAAUGGGCCAAGACCGAGAAGAGGACCUUCUUGCGACAAGCCCUUGAAGCUCGACUGAUCUCCCUCUAUUUUGACACCAAGCGGUACCAGGAGGCCCUGGCGCUAGGCUCUCAGCUGCUGCUGGAGCUGAAGAAGAUGGAUGACAAGGCCCUGCUGGUGGAGGUGCAGUUGCUGGAGAGCAAGACGUACCACGCCCUCAGUAACCUGCCCAAGGCCCGCGCCGCGCUCACCUCGGCACGCACCACCGCCAACGCCAUCUACUGUCCUCCCAAGCUGCAGGCGGCGCUGGACAUGCAGUCAGGGAUCAUCCACGCGGCCGAGGAGAAGGACUGGAAGACGGCCUACUCUUACUUCUUCGAGGCCUUUGAGGGCUACGACUCCAUCGACAGCCCGCGAGCCAUCACCGCCCUCAAAUACAUGCUCCUCUGCAAGAUUGUCCUCAGCUCACCAGAGGAGGUACAAUCUCUGAUCAGCGGGAAACUGGGCCUACGAUACACCGGGCGCCAGACAGACGCAUUGAAAUGCGUGGCCCAGGCCAGCAAGAACAGAUCAUUAGCAGACUUUGAAAAGGCCCUCACAGAGUACAGAGCGGAGCUGAGGGACGACCCCAUCAUCAACACGCACCUGGCCAAGCUGUACGACAACCUGCUGGAACAGAACCUCAUCCGAGUCAUCGAGCCCUUCUCCAGAGUUCAGAUAGAACAUGUAUCAUCUCUUAUCAAACUCCCAAAGGGGGAUGUAGAGCGCAAGCUGUCACAGAUGAUUCUGGAUAAAAAGUUUCACGGAAUCCUGGACCAGGGCGAAGGAGUGCUGAUCAUCUUUGAGGAGCCGCCCGUGGACAAAACGUACGAAGCCGCCUUGGAAACCAUUCAGAACAUGAGCAAAGUGGUCGAUUCACUUUACAACAAAGCCAAGAAGCUGACAUAGAGCAGGCUUGCGGCCGUGACCUGGAGGGAAGCGUGCGUGUGUUUUUGAGCAGCUUAUGUAACAUUUGAAGAUGGGGACAAGGGAGAAGAUGACUCGAGUGCGGCAAACAGGACCCCCCCACCACCACCACCACCAUCCAUCAGACACACCUCACCUCUCUCCCUCAAUGGACAGUAUCACAUUUGUGUGGUUUUUUUUUUCCCCCCUGGCCCUAUUUUAUUUUGAUAUUUCGUUUAAACUCAGCGGCCAAGCCAGGCCAUCAGGGAAUCUUAUUGUACAACCACAAUAAAAAGAUUUAAAAGAAGAACAGUGCAUAACACUUGAACCUCUUCAAGCUCUUUUCUAAAGUGCAGAAAUGACAGUUUUGUUUUGUUUUUUUUCCUCCCUGUUCCUUAUUGUUCAUGUUCUCUGUGGCUUUCAGAAGCACACUUGACUUUUUGGGGAAGGUUGGAAUACAAAAUUUUGGUUUUACCCCCCUCAUUCAUAUCAUUGCCAACAGUUUCAAUCCCCGCUGUAUUUCAGAAGUGUAUUAAACUCACUAUAUUUGCUUUUGGUUUUGUGUUUUUGUAAAAAAACAAAAAAAAUAAUGGUUGCCACAUGCCUGCCCCCAACCGUGAAUGCUCAUGUAUGUUUAUAGAAGAGGCGAGAGGAAAUUUCACCACGAGUGCCAUGUUCCCUGGCGCUUGUCUGCCUCUUGUUGGGUUGCACCGUAUAGAGUCCCAUCAGGCCAAAACAUUUUUUUUUUUGCCUCUCAGCAUCCCCCACUCUGCUCUUCUCCAUUGUUAGUUUCUAGCAUUACCGUGAUAUGCUAGUAACCAAACAAUUUGUAUGUUUUUUUGUUGUUUUGUUUUUCUCUUACAAAGACAUUUUCGAAAUAAAUAUUUUGUAUUUUAAA